UUGCUCAUUAAUGUUGCACGUAACACUGCAAGUUUUGCGCAUCAUGUCAUCACACUUGCUUAUUUGGCUAUGUAACUACUAAACGUCGAUUAAACUAGCGAGAUGAUUGUUAACUCGUUAAAAACGUUUUCCCGUGUUGUCUUACCUUUGUGCUCACACAAAUCUCUGUCGACAAAUGUACUUAUCCGACAAACACCUGUUCUGGGAAAGCAUUUCCUCGGACAUCCGCGCAGCAGCAGCACAUCUCUCAGUGACAGAAAACUGUCAAGAAACGGCGAGAAGAGGAAAUCAGUGAUUUGGUUAGAGGGAAAUAUUGCGAGUGGAAAGACAACAUGUUUGGAGUACUUCAGCAAAACCAGUGACGUUGAGGUGCUGACAGAGCCUGUGUCUAAAUGGAGAAAUGUGCAGGGUUGCAAUCCAUUGGGAUUGAUGUACCAGGACCCAACCAGAUGGGGGCUCACCCUUCAGACAUAUGUGCAACUCACAAUGCUAGAUCGCCAUGUGAAACCAAUGUCACUGCCAAUCAGAAUGCUGGAAAGAUCUAUUUACAGCGCAAAGUACAUUUUUGUGGAAAAUCUUUUUAAAAGUGGAAAGAUGCCUGAGGUGGACUUUGCUGUUUUAAGUGAAUGGUUUGAGUGGAUCAUAAAGAACAUUGCUAUUCCUGUGGACCUUAUUGUUUACCUGCAGACCUCUCCACAGACCUGCUACGAGAGACUAAAGCAGAGGUGCAGAGAGGAAGAAAAGGUUAUUCCCCUGGAAUACCUAGAAUCCAUCCAUAACCUGUACGAAGACUGGUUGAUUCAUCAGAAGUCAUUUGAAGUUCCUGCUCCAGUUCUUGUAAUCCCAGCAGAUCAUGAUCUUAAGAAGAUGCUGCAUAAGUAUGAGGAGAACAGAGAGAAGAUACUAAUGGUGCAUUGAUCUUGAGUAAAGGAUCUCAUAGAAUGAUGGUUUUAUUAGUUUACAAAUUUCUUCAGCUCUCUAAGAGACAGAUGAAGCCGGCACUUUGUGAAAACAUUCCUCCUGCAAUGGAAGUUGAUUUAGGAGAUCACAGUAGGGUUUGUAAAUUAAUUUAUAUUGGUGUUUUAUUUGAAUACUGCUCUUUUUAUGGUUAUUCAGAGUAUUUGCAUUUGUAGUCCUUGUAAACCUGGUUUAAGCAUUUAACAGAAUAUAAAGUCAUUCAAUUGUUUAAUUUUAUAGAAUCAUUCCAUAUGAUCUGAAACUACUGCACUUGUAAACAUUUCCAUUGGUUCUUUUGUUAUGUCAGUAGACAUUUUAAAUUCAGAAUGGCAAUUCAAGGGCAUGUUACUUGUAUUCUAUGUGAUUUGGUUCUGCAUUUUACAUUUACAUCAUCAUACUCAGGUCUAAUGAAAGAUCCAUUUCUUUUAUUUUCAUGUUCAUUCUGCCAUCUGCAGAUACCAUCACUAAACAAGUACAGUCAGAUCCUGAUGGUAAUUGUAUGUUACUUAAGGUGUUACAGAGACCAAUGUAUUUUAAACUGCACAAGACAUUGUUUUAAAUAAAAAACAUGAAACAUCA